UGAAAUUCUCUGCCUGUCAAAUUUCCACAUCAAGCGCUUCUCUCCUUCAAGUUGCUACCUCUUCUGCUGGGAGUCUGGUCAGUGCUGAGAGGCGAGGCGUAAAGUAGCAGUAAAGCAGCACCAAAAAAUGUGGACAAAUCUGUUGUGAGGUUGCACAAGCAUUAGUUCUACAUAAAAUGAUGGAGAUGCAGGGUCAGGAGUCUAUGGGGAGAUGGGAUGGGCUGUGCAGCCGUGAUGCCUCCUCCAGAGCUGAAGCAAUGGAGUUCAUCUGCCAGGAGGUCAUGAGAAAAGUGGAAGCCAUCGGACCCAUAAAAGCCGCAAACCCCUCGUCCCCUGCCCCAGGAAGCCCUCCUAACAGCGACCUGAACGGCAUCCUGGUUCAUCUUCUCAUGCUCUCCAGACGGUGCCCUUUUGAAGAUGUCAGAGAGCGCUGCGCUCAGCUACUGCAAGAUAUCCAGGAUUUAGGCAUAAGGAUCCCAAGACCCCUAGGAAGCGGACCAAGCAGAUUUAUCCCUGAAAAAGAGAUUCUUCAAGUCAGUAAAGUGGACGCCAGGACGCAGGCAAUAUUUGAGGAUGCAUUUGCAGCCCUCCAUCGGCUGGACAACAUUUCCCUCGUGAUGAGCUUCCACCCACAGUACCUGGGGAGCUUUCUCCGGACGCAGCACUACCUGCUGCAGAUGGAUGGACCCCUGCCUUUGCACUAUAGACACUACAUUUGCAUUAUGGCGGCUGCUCGCCACCAGUGUUCCUACCUGGUCAACCUGCACGUGAACGACUUCCUUCAGGUCGGGGGGAAUUCCAAGUGGUUGAACGGUCUGAACGAAGCCCCACAGAAGUUGCAGCAGCUUGGAGAGAUCAACAAAAUCCUGGCCCAUCGUCCAUGGCUUCUCACCAAGGAGCACAUCGAGAACCUCCUGAAAACCGAGGAGCACAGCUGGUCCCUGGCAGAGCUUAUCCACGCAGUAGUCCUGCUCACCCACUACCACUCCCUCUCCUCCUUUACAUUUGGCUGCGGCAUCAUGCCAGAGAUCAACUGCGACAGCGGGCACACAUUCAGACCCCCCUCUCUUAGCCGGUACUGUGCAUGUGACAUAGCCAACGGCAACGGCCACGCUAAUCAUCAUGACGAUUUGCCGGGCAAUCAGGAGAUGUGUGGUGAGGUGGAGGAGCUGAUGGAGAGGAUGAAACAGCUGCAGGAAUGCCGCGAUGACGAAGAGGCCAGCCAGGAGGAGAUGGCCACUCGAUUUGAGAAGGAGAAGACCGAAAGCAUGCUGGUGGUGAUGUCAGAGGACGAGGAGUGUGUCCCUUCCAGAGACAUCUCUCGCCACUUUGAGGACACUAGCUAUGGCUACCAGGACUUUUCCAGGAGAGGGGAACAAGUGCCCACAUUCAGAGCACAGGACUACAGCUGGGAGGACCACGGCUUCUCUCUGGUCAACAGAUUGUAUCCUGAUGUGGGCCAGAUGCUGGAUGAGAAGUUUCAGAUGGCCUACAAUCUCACAUACAACACCAUGGCCACACAUAAGGACGUGGACACCAGUAUGCUGCGCAGGGCCAUCUGGAACUACAUACACUGCAUGUUUGGCAUCAGGUAUGACGACUAUGAUUAUGGAGAAAUAAAUCAGCUUCUGGACCGUAGCUUUAAGAUCUAUAUCAAGACCAUGGUGUGCAGCCCUGAGAAGACCACCAAACGAAUGUAUGAGAGUUUCUGGAGGCAGUUUCAGCACUCCGAGAAGGUCCACGUUAAUCUGCUUCUUAUGGAAGCACGGAUGCAAGCAGAACUGUUAUACGCUCUGAGAGCGAUUACCCGCUACAUGACGUGAAGUGCUUUUGGCGUUUUUACUGUUGUCCUUUAACUGUCGUUACUCUUUCUGGAACACAAAGAAAAAACUUAGAGGGGUAGGAUGGGGGGGUUUAAUCAAAAAGCUCUCGGUUUUGACAUUGCCUUGUGGACGUUGCAGAGAAGAUCAGAACAAAUGGACAUCAAGGGAAGAAGAUUUUCUACUGGAGAAAAGUCAUCUCAAACUACAUGUGGAUCCAGUCAGACGUUGCCUGCAGUGCCAAAACUGACCAACAGAGGACAGCCUUGAGCAAACCCAAGCCCUGCUGAAGGGUUUGUGCUGGCUCAGAGCAUUGACCCUGGAGACAUCCAGGACUACAUUUCAGUAUUUCAGCAUUGCCUGUCUCACGUCUCUCAAGAUAGGAAUGAGAAUCCUGGUUAAACUUCCCCAGAAAGAAAGCUGUGCAGCCAGAAACGGUCUGCAUAUUUGAUUCUGUUGUCACUGUUAUUUUAGUUUCUUUAUUUUUUUUUUUUUUUUUUUCACUUUUGUAUGAUUUGGAGGAGAUGGUUUUGAUGUAACUGCAGACGGAUGCGUUAACUCUAGGUUUUAUUUUGUCUCAGUGUUUUCUACGUGUGCCUGAACUAUAUCCAGCGCAGUGUGUACGUGCUGGUGCUGCUGCUCCCAGUUGUAUUUUAGUGGGAUCAUAUUGAUGCCCAAAAUCACCCCUCACCCAAUUCCCUUAAUCCCUUCAUAAAAUCCCCUGUCCAUUAAAAAUCCAUUGCAUUACCCCCACCCUCUUUUCCCUUAACCACACCCGAAAUCUCAAACGUCGUAGUAAGCUAAUCCGAGGAGUGUGAAGACCCUACAUGUGGGGGGGAAAAAACUCAAAAGAACACUGUCUGAGCCCUUUUUGAGUUUGAUUGUACAGGUUUGAAUGAGGUAUGUUUUUCUGAUGACUGAGGUAUGAUUGCGUGCUUCACAAAAACAAGUGGAGAUGAGAAAAAUGUACGUCUUGGAAUUUCAUUUAAGAAAAAAAAGCGAAGCACCUUGAAGGAAAGCCUUCUUGCUUCUGCUGUAGCUCUGUUUUUGUGAGAAAACUGUUCUUUUUAUUGAUGUCUUGUUUUUUGUUUUUGUAUGGGGGGGGGGCAAGAAAAAAAAAAAUCUGAAAAAUAUCAAUUGUAUAGAAAGCUGGAAACCAGGUUCUCCAGGAGAGGGUUUGCUUCCGUCAUAUCUCGUCUUCCGCUUAUCCCGCCUGGCUGGUUGACCUAACCCUUUCAAAGCUUUUGAUUGUGAAUUUUACCAGUAAAAUACCUCUUGUAUUUUUUUUAUAACAUGUAAAAAGUGCUCUUUGGUGAGCAGAGACUCUUUGGGCUGCUGUGUACCUGUUGCUCAGGGGAUCCAGAGCUCACACAGGGCUGCCUACGGUCGAUAAGUUUCGAACGCAAAAAGGUUGUAGCUGUGCUUGUUUCCCUGCGAGGGACGUCUAACCAGUGCAAAAGCAGCUUUUUUUUUAAAGAUUUUAUUUUAAUCAGAGGUUUAAUGCCUCUGCUUGUUUCUUUUGUUUACUAAAAAUCAGUAAAGUACUGCAUUCUGAAGGUGGACUGAGGAAAUCAGGUGAAUGAUGAUUUGAGGAGGAGCUGAGCUGCAAUGAUAAAGGAAUGGUACAUUUGAAAGUGGUUUGAGAGGAAGUUUUUUUUUCAUUUCUUUCAAACUUCUGACUGAUGUCAGUUACUGACACUUUUUAUAUGAAAAUAUGGAAAAGUAAAAAAAAAAAUAAACUAAUACUGAGUUAA